GCUAUGGGAUCAAUUUCUAUCUGUGUUAAAUUUUAAAUAAGAAUAGAAAAAUUGUUUGCUUCUUCAAUGAUUGUUAUGCGAAUACGGCAUUACAGAUGGAAAAAUCAAGUACUAUUAGAUAUUUUCUAAUGUGGAUGAUAGUGACGUUUAUUUUUGGCGCGUCAAUUUUUCUAACUGGCUUCUUCCCCAUAAACAAUUAUACAUUAGAUCGUGCAGUAGCUGAAGACAAACCAAAAGAUUUAGAUGGAUUGAGUUUAACGCCGCCAACUCAAAUUUACGCACAAACCAUACUAAUGCUGGUGGAUGCUCUACGUUUCGAUUUUGCCAGUCAAAAUGGUAUGGAGUUUUCUUACAACAACUCAUGUAAUCGUCUCAAAUUGCGAGUGAAUAUUCCUACUGUUACCAUGCCCCGGCUAAAAAGCUUAACAACCGGCACCAUUUCAAAUUUUAUUGAUAUAGUCCUAAACAUUGGUCAUGUUGAGCAGCUUGCAGACUCUUUAAUACACCGCUUACAAGUACGUAAUGAAAUUACGGUUUUUGCCGGUGAUCGUACUUGGAUAAGUCUCUUUCCAAAACAAUUUACACGUUUUACCGCUAACUCAGAUUCAUUUUAUGUAAACGACUUUUAUGAGGGUGACAAGAAUGUGACAGAAGUACUGACCAAAGAAUUGCAAAAUGACGACUGGAUGUUGCUGGUGCUUCAUUAUUUGGGCUUAGAUCACAUUGGUCAUGUUGAAGGUAGUGAUAGCUCUAAAAUCCCGCUUAAGCUAAAAGAAAUGGAUGACGUUGUGCUAAAGCUCUACAAAGCAAAGCAUUUUCACAAGCAGCUACUAAUAUUAACUGGUGACCACGGUAUGCGAGAUGGUGGAGGCCAUGGUGGAAGUACAGCUGGUGAAUUGUAUGUGCCAUUAUUUGUUCUCAAAGAAAAUUGCACUACAAAAGGCUCUAGUAAAACUAACGAGUAUAAUCAAAUUGAUGUGGCUCCCACAUUAGCCAUUCUGUGGUCCAUGGAAAUUCCACCAAUGUCAAUUGGCUGUUUAAUACCCGAGCUCUUGCAUGAAUUUAACUUAGAGGAACAACUAUAUGCUUAUUACUAUAAUGCUUUACAUUUAAUGCAAAAAGCUAACAACAAAUUUGGUCAAGAUUAUGUUAAUAAUAAUGCAUUCAGCAAAUGGUUUACAACAGCGAAAUCUGCGCAUAAGCAAUUCCUUUUAAAAAAGCGUAAUAAUAAUUUUGAAAAUGCCUUUAUUUUCGAGGACGCUAAAAUACAUUAUAUACGUUUGGCACGCGAAAUUUCAAAUCAGCUCUCCGAUUCGUUAGUACAAUUCGAUUACGGGCUGAUCACAUUAGGACUUGCGCUAACCACAAUUGUGGUGCUCAAUGCGCUAUUGGCUUUUUGCACGGCAACUAAUCGCGUUUUUAUCAAAGGCAAAGGCGCCUUACUGUCCCUAUUAGCUUUCGCCGCAUGCAUAAAUAAAUGGUGUCAUUAUCAUGGAUAUUUCACAACCACUGGCACAAUGAGUACCGUUGUGAUAUUGCUGGCGAUAAUGGCUAGCGUUUAUAUGCUAAUAAAUAUAGCGAAUUUAUUAUUGCGACGAAUGCAGACGAGCAAUAAUCUACAUAACUCACUUCCGAAACAAAUUUGGAUGCUGCUAAGCUGUUUACUAAUUCACACACUAACGCUGGCCUCCUCUUCAUUCAUCGAAAGCGAGAAUAAAACUUGGCAUUAUCUUGGUGCUAGCGCUUUAAUUUUGCUUUGUGUGCAAAGUUUUCAAAAAGACUUAUUGUCUUCAAAGCUGGAAGCGUGUAUCAAUGGUGUAGCGCUGUAUAAAGUUGUUUUGCGCAAUUUACAAAAAUUACAGACAUCCUUUCUGAUAAUUGGCGGGCUGGGUAUUUUAUACCGUUUAGACGGCGCGGCAUCCUAUCUAACGCAGGAAGCAACAAAAACAUGGUUAAGUUGCAUAUUCGUUGCGGGUCUACUCCUUUAUGUGCUGUGUUUGCGCAAGCAUAAACUCGUGCAAACGCGUAAGGAGCUUGUGAUCUAUCUUACAGCUGCCAUGCUGAUCUAUUGCUAUCGCACUUCUAAGGGAGUGGUUUCCUCUGUGUUUGACACAAACUGUUGUACUAAAAUUGUUUUGCCCAUAUUUUGGAUGGUUGUCAUUAUUGCUGCCUGCAUUUCAACUGUGAUAUUAUAUACCAAACGUCGUCUUAGUUACCAAAUUCAACACACUUUGUUAACUGGUUGCUUUAAAAUUCUUCUAACUUUACUGCUGACAAUUUGCUUGCUGCUGCAUAAACCGCAAAAUGUUUGUCUAGUCGCUUAUUUGAUAUACACACUCUCUUUAUGUUAUGAGUUGUGUGACAAAUUCGAAAAGAACACACUUCGCACUUCCAACUACAAGUAUUUGUCGAAGCUGCUGUGCACUAUUCUCGUGGGCAAUAUGUUUUACUUCUACCAGGGUAAUUCGAACAGUUUUGCCACCAUCGAUCUAAAUCCAGGCUACAUUGGUCAAACUUCAUAUAAUCCAAUAAUUGUAGGUAUUCUUGUCACUUUAAAUAUGUAUUCCGCACAGUUUAUUGCAUUUUUAUACUUAAUUACGCAUAUUUUGCAAGAAAGUGAUAAUAACAAAACACAUGAUAUGUCUGCAAAUGAGCAUAUUGAUUUCAUUAUUUAUUUCUACACAUUAAGCAUAUUUGUACCGGUUUUAAUUUAUUUAUGGUUAUUGCUAUUCUUUCGUUACCACCUGUUUAUUUAUUCAGUAUUUGCACCAAAAGCGCUGUAUGAAUUUUACCGAGUAAUUGUACUUUUCUUUACAUAUUUAAUGACAACAAUUAACUUGUACAUAUUCAAUCAAAAAUAA